UUAUGUAAAACUUUUCCCGAUCUGGUAGCACAUCGCCAGAAUCAAAACAAAUGCACGUGCGUUGUUCUCGGGAAAAUGGAUGAGCACGAUAUAUUUAAAUUGAUUACGGCGGGAGUUCGCUUCACCAAGAAGUCAAAGGAGCCGCCCUCAAACCCGCAGCCGCGACUGGAGGUUUCUAGGCAUGAGAAGCCGGUGAAGAAAGAAGAGUCAGAUAAGGAUUCUGUGGAUGACACCACAGAAUUCCGCCUCUUGGACGGGGCAUCCAGCAAUAAACCCAAACGGAAGAAGCAUAAGAAAGAGAAGACACUGUCUCCCAAGGAAUUAGAGCUUCAAAGGGCAGUCGAUGAGGCAAACGAGACGCGGAAGCAGUACGGCAUAAGCGUGUUGGGCAAGAAUGUUCCUCCGCCGGUGGCCAGUUUCAGUAGUCUAACUAAGGACUUUAAGAUGCUGCCUCGCCUGCAGCUGAACCUACUGUCUCGCAACUUCGACCGUCCCACGCCGAUCCAGAUGCAGGCUCUGCCCGUGCUCCUUCAGGGACGUGCGCUAAUGGCCUGUGCACCCACUGGAUCCGGCAAAACACUGGCCUUCCUCACACCCAUAAUCAAUGGCCUGAGGGCGCACAGGACCAGUGGGCUGAGGGCUCUGGUCCUUGCUCCCACUCGAGAGUUGGCCCAGCAAAUCUACCGCGAGUGCGCUGAGCUAACCCGUGAAACGGGCCUGCGCACCCACUUCAUUAGCAAGGUGAGCGAGGCCAAGCAGAAACAUGGUGCCGAGUGCAAGCAACGCUACGACAUCCUGGUCUCUACGCCAAACCGCGUGAGGUUCCUCUUGCAGCAGGAGCCACCAUUGCUAGAUUUGUCCCACGUCGAAUGGUUUGUGCUGGACGAAGCAGAUCGUCUGAUGGAGGAAGGGCAAAACAACUUCAAAGAACAGUUGGACGACAUAUAUGCCGCUUGCUCACAUCCAACCAAGUGCGUGGCAUUCUUUAGUGCGACCUACACUGUGCCAGUGGCCAAAUGGGCACUACGUCACCUCAAAAAUCUAGUGCGCAUCACCAUUGGAGUGCAAAAUAGCGCCACGGAAACGGUUCAACAGGAGCUGCUGUUCGUCGGAUCCGAGGGCGGCAAGCUGGUGGCUAUGCGAGACCUUGUGCGCCAAGGUCUCCAGCCGCCGGUGCUCGUUUUCGUUCAAAGCAAGGAGCGCGCAAAGCAGCUAUUCGAGGAGCUGCUCUACGACGGCAUCAACGUGGAUGUUAUCCAUGCCGAAAGGAGUCAGCAUCAGCGCGACAACUGUGUGAGAGCGUUCCGCGAGGGCAGCAUUUGGGUGCUCAUCUGUACGGAGCUCAUGGGCCGAGGCAUUGACUUCAAGGGUGUCAAUCUGGUGAUCAACUACGACUUCCCGCCCACCACCAUCUCGUACAUUCAUCGGAUCGGCAGAACGGGGCGCGCUGGACGUCCUGGUCGGGCAAUUACGUUUUUCACACAAGAUGACACAUCCAAUUUGAGAAGCAUCGCGCUUAUAAUUAAAAACUCUGGGGGAUCCGUUCCGGAAUAUAUGCUGCAAAUGAAGAAGGUUCGCAAAUCGGAGGCCAGGAUGCGAGCCAAGAAACCUUUGGAUCGCGAGGACAUAUCGACCAAGAUACGACCGGAGACGAAAAGCGACAAAAGUCACAAAUCCGCCAAACUGAAUAAAGUUGAAAGGAUCGAAAAAUUGUUAAAAAAUCGAAAGGGCCAUGAAAAGGAUUCAAUGUCAAGGCAGAAGAAGCUGAGCAAUAUUAAAUCAGACCUUAAGCCUGCCGACAAAAGGAAGGGAUAUGUGUCGAAAACAAAAAGGAAAAAUAUUCAAACUUGAUACGCAAAAUUAAGAAUGUGUUUAGUUUAUUACCGCUUUCAAAUUUGUACGUUGUAUUUACAAAUUUAUAUUGAAUUUCGGUUCACACUAAAUGAUUAAGGUAACGUAAAUGUUUCAAUUGCAUACUUCACUGAAAAACGAUUUGGAGAACAAUUCAAUAUAUAUUUAUAUAUAAAUUCGGAGUACCGAAAUUCCUUUCGAGGUUUAAAUACCGUAAGUCAGAUAGUCUGAUAUAUGGUUUUUAGGCUACCCUUAUUUAAUGAAAUAUGAUAUUAAAUGUAAAAAGCAAUGUCUAUUACUUUGGUUAGUUUCGUUGUUCG